AUGCACAAACUCAAAAAGAGAAACUCCAUUACAUUUUGUGCACAUUACCCUUUCAAAGCAGUGGUUGAACUAUUGUGUGAUGAAGGUGCUUUUGUUGAUGCUAGGGAAGAAGACAAGUGGACCCCAUUACACUUAGCAGUACAAUAUGGUCAAAGACAGGUGGUUCAAGCAUUGUUACCAAAAUUUGCUAAUUGGUAUCAAGAGUAUUUGAACAAGUAUAACGAGGAAUACUAC